UAGCGGCAGCUUGCUAAGAGUGAGUGAUACAAGUGUAUUUAAAACAUUUUUAAAAAAAAAGUAUCUAUGAGUUUGUUAUUAUGUGUGGGAAUUUUCUUUGUGUGUUUUUUUUUGCUGUUCGUGUUGCUUUCAACAUUACUCAAGCGCUUACUUAGUUAAUGCAGUGAUUUCAAAGUGUUUGGGUGUGUUUGCCAUAAUUUAAAUAGAAAAAACAGAAAAAUUAAAAGAAAAAAAUCUAACCAACGCAAUUGAGUAUCUAAUAGAUACCACCACGAAGUUCAUAAUUAAUUACUGGAAUACAAAAAAGAAAAGAAACAUUGUCAAAACUAAUAAGAAAAAACGUCAAACGAAUUGGAAAUUUUUAUCAAAAUUAUUAAGAAAUAACCACAACAACAACAACUUAUUAAUAAAAUUAUAAAAUUUUUAAAAAAAUUAAAAAAAAAAACAUAGUUUGCAAAAAGAAACAACGAUUGUGUAAUCGAAACGCAGCUGGAUUUUCAUAGAAAUUUCUGCAUAAAUUAAAUUAAUAUUUAAUAAUAAAAAUAUACAAAAUCAUAUCACUAUAUAAAACACCACAACAAAUACAAUACAAAACUUUAAACAAUGCAAGCGAUUAAAUGUGUAGUAGUGGGUGACGGUGCUGUGGGUAAGACUUGUCUCUUGAUCAGUUACACCACUAAUGCUUUUCCCGGUGAAUACAUACCCACCGUAUUCGAUAACUAUUCGGCCAAUGUUAUGGUCGAUGCCAAACCCAUUAAUUUGGGUCUUUGGGAUACAGCCGGUCAAGAAGAUUAUGAUCGUCUACGCCCUCUCUCCUAUCCACAAACUGAUGUCUUUCUCAUCUGUUUCUCUUUGGUAAAUCCUGCCUCAUUUGAGAAUGUACGCGCCAAAUGGUAUCCCGAGGUACGUCAUCAUUGCCCCCAAGUUCCCAUUAUAUUGGUGGGCACUAAAUUGGAUUUGCGUGACGACAAGGCCACCAUUGAAAAGCUUAAGGAAAAGAAACUCACACCCAUUACCUAUCCCCAGGGUUUGGCUAUGGCCAAGGAAAUUGGUGCCGUUAAAUAUUUGGAAUGUUCAGCUUUAACACAAAAAGGUUUAAAAACAGUAUUCGAUGAAGCCAUCCGUUCGGUUCUAUGUCCAGUUAUGCGCAUGCCCAAAAGACGUAAAUGCAUGAUAUUGUAAAAAAAAGAGCAUUUCGAGGAGCAACAACAAACUCUAUUAUAGAGCAGGAACUCUAGAGAAUCUAUUAAGAUCAAUUUAUGAAGUUAUUAAGAAUUUAUCACACAACGACUUUAACAACCUCCUAGGGAGGAAAUUAAUUCAUAAAAUGAAAAUAAAUUUUUUAACGAUAAGAACAAAACCACAAGUUGAAAGCUAAAAACUAUAAGUCGUUAAAAUUUAACAAAUUACACAAACUAAUAAUAAACAAAACAAAAUUAAAGUUUUCCAUUUUAUUAUAAAAUAAAUAAAAAUAUUAUUAUUAAACUACAUAACAGUGAUGAUGACAAUCUGUUAAA